AUGGAGGAGAACAGAGCCAAAGAUAACCCUCAGCCAGAAGACUCGCAGUCUCCAUCGCUGCAACUGACCCCUCGUCCACCGGAGUCAAGAUCCCUUCCAGCCGGCUUAUUCACACUACCUUUCCGUGGUCGACGAUUGAAAUACGAGCACAACGUUCAUGCUCUUAUUGCGGAGCAGGAGAGAAUUUCCGCAGAGGAAGAUAGCGACGACCAGGGAGCCGUGUUACCGUCUGACCCCAGUCUCAACUCACCUGGUACGCUGAAGGGGAAAGGCAAGGAGAUAGCAACCAUGGCUUCUGAGACCGCGACGCCCGCUGGCGCGUCUGCUGUCGCCGCGACCGAGCCCAAGGUUGAGGUCCGCAAGCUUAAGAAGCGCAAGGUCCUUCUGAUGGGAAAGAGUGGUUCUGGAAAGUCUAGCAUGCGAUCCAUCAUCUUCUCCAACUAUGUCCCUGCAGACACUCGUCGCCUCGGUGCGACCAUCGAUGUCGAUCUGUCUCAUGUGAAGUUUCUGGGCAACCUGACGCUUAACCUGUGGGAUUGUGGCGGCCAGGAGGCAUUUAUGGAAAACUACAUCAACCAGCAGCGCGUCCACGUCUUCAGCAAUGUCGGCGUCCUCAUCUACGUCUUUGACAUCGAGUCGCGUGACGUCGAUCGCGACCUCGCUACUUAUGUGUCCGUCGUGACCGCCCUGGCGCAGUACUCGCCCUCCGCCAAGGUCUUCGUUCUCAUCCACAAGAUGGAUCUUAUCAUGGGCGCCCAGCGCGAGCAGAUCUUCAACGAGCGCGUGCGUCUUGCUAAGGCCAAGACGGCCGAAGCCCUCCAGAACAUGGCCGCCAUCGGAGGCCAUGCCCCUGAGCGCCUCGAGAUCCAGCCAUUUGCCACUUCCAUCUGGGACCAGUCUCUCUACAAAGCCUGGUCCGCCAUCAUCCACGACCUGAUCCCCAACCUCGCCAUCAUCGAGGAGGAGCUCGGGCGCCUCGGCACCGCCAUCGAGGCGGAGGAGAUCCUGCUGUACGAGCGCACCUCGUUCCUCGUCAUCUCCAAGUGGUCCUCGCAGGAGGGCCAGCGCAACCCGGCCGUCGACCGCUACGAGCGCCUCAGCAACGUGUGGAAGACGUUCAAGGCCAGCCUGGCCAAGUACACGGGCACGUCGCGCAACGCGGACCAGAUCAGGGACUUCACGCUCAAGAUUAGCUCUCUGUGCGCCGUCUUCAUGAUGCAGUUCACCACAAACACCUUCAUCCAGGUCGUCAUGCCGCCCGGCGAGGCGCGCUUCAACGCCGCCCGCCUCAACACGGCCAUCGCCGCGAAGCACUUUGAGCGCCUCGACUCUCCCGCUGCCAUUGCUGGUGCUAGUGCUAAGGGGACCGCCGCUGGUAAGGAUGCGGCGGCCUCUGGCUCCGGCCAGGCGGGCAUGGCCGUCUCUGGAGAAGAUGCCUCAGGUGAUGGCCCGUAA